AAACGACCAUCGUAAUCAACAUUACGUAUGGAUUUUCUCACAUUUAACCCACCUUUUUAAACACUUUUGUAUUUGUAAUACAAACUACAAAGGGAGAUUUUAAAAAAGCUGAUGAUUAUAUGAGUGAAAUAUCUAAUCUAAUAUCUAAAUAUCGGCUUUCCUUUGUGGGUGACUUUUCAACCGGAAACUGAAUGAAUGUUCCAAUUGCUAACAUGUACUUCUCAGGAAGAUAGGCUAUACAGUGACAGAAAAUACAGCAGAUAACACAUGUCUGCUAUGUGGCGGUAAUCAGCUUGGUUUUCGGGUAAUUCAUCGAACGUUUUCUAUAGAUGAAUUACUACAUUUGGGAAGCUAUCCCGGUUAGCGCUGCUAGCUCCGACAACCGAAGCCGGAAGUGACGCAGGGAUUCCUCUCUUGCUCUGACGUUGGAUUUGUUCUUCACAAAUUCAAACGUGAUUCUUGCGGAGCUGUUGACGUUAAAAACAGAAGCAAUACAAGAAAACGCUUUUUUUGGCAGACUUUCUUUACGUUUUCACCGGAGUUUGAGGUGAUUUAAAAGGUUUUAGGAGACUGUUAAUGUCGCGGAAGGAACACAUCAGAGAACAAACUGCCAGGACACCAGCUGUUGUGAUGAAUUCUGCUGAGAAACGAGACAUCAGAAUCAAACGGGUCUCGUCCAGGAAGAGAUCUCGCGAUAGCUCACAGAUGACACCUGAGAGGAAGAGAGGACCUGAGAAAUGUCCUCCGAUCUGCAGGCUGAGCAGCAUCAUGGCAGAACAACAACAACAACCUGCUGCAGAGUUGUUCUGCAGCGACAGCGAGGAUCUGUUCGGGGAUUACGACAGCCUCCUGCAGGACAGCUCGCUGCUCGACAGACUGGACGACGCGGAGCAGAGCGAGAGGCAGAGAGACGUCCAGAGAGACGUCCAGAGAGACUUCACCAACCUGAGGACGAAGACAGACGAAGACGUGCUCACAGACUCCAUCCUGGACGCCAUGGGAGAGGAAGAUCUUCCUCCCAGCAUGCAACAGUUCAAGGAUCAGGUCCAGGAGACGAGGGUCCGUCUGCAGGGCGGAGAUCAGACCUCCACUCCGCUCAGAAACACAAAGACCUCCACCCCUCUGAGGACUAAAGAGGAGAGUAGACCCCCGAGAGGAGGAGGAGGAAGAGGAGGAGGAGGAGGAGGAGGAUCAUCGAGGAGGAGGAGCGUGGCGGACGCUCUGAAGAAGACGAUGCUUUGUAACGCAGCCUCUCCAGCCAUGGCGUCUCGCAGCGCAGCGUUAAAGGAGGCCGUCCUCUCGGAGGAAAUCUCCGUCGCCAUGCAGGCGUUGGAGGAAGUUUCUGAAGAGAAGACCCCCGACCUCGGGCCCUUCUUCGGGCUCCCGUCCAGAGUCAAGGAGCUGAUGCUGCGGCUGAAGGGGAUCCAGAGCUUAUACGAGUGGCAGGAGACGUGUCUGAACCUGCCGUCCGUUCAGCGCCGGAAGAACCUGAUCUACUCGCUGCCGACCAGCGGAGGAAAGACUCUGGUGGCCGAGAUCCUGAUCCUCAGAGAGCUGCUCUGCAGGAAGAAGGACGCUCUGUUCAUCCUGCCGUACGUCUCUCUGGUGCAGGAGAAGGUGCGAGGGUUGGCGAGCUUCGGCGUGGAGCUGGACUUCCUGGUGGAGGAGUACGCCGGCAAAGGAAGGUUCCCCCCCGUAAAGAGGAAAGACAGGAGGUCUCUUUACGUCGCGACGAUAGAAAAAGCCCACAGCCUCGUGAACUCGCUGAUCGAGAACCAGAGGAUCGACGACCUGGGGCUGGUGGUGGUGGACGAGCUUCACAUGUUGGGCGACGGCAGCAGAGGAGCGAUCAUUGAGAUGACGCUCGCUAAAGUUCUCUACACGGCCAAAUCCACUCAGAUUAUCGGGAUGAGCGCCACGCUGGGAAACAUUAAAGACCUGCAGACGUUUUUAAGAGCAGAAAACUACAGCAAUGACUUCCGGCCUGUGCAGCUGAAGGAGUACGUUAAACUGCAAGACACCAUCUAUGAAGUAGACCCAAAGGAGGAGGACUGCUUCAAAUUCUCUCGUCUCCUCAACUUCAAGUACUCCAGCUCCAUGCAGAAGCUGGACCCGGACCACAUCAUCGCCAUGGUGACCGAAGUCAUCCCAAAACACUCCUGUCUGGUUUUCUGCCCCACGAAGAAGAACUGUGAGAAUGUGGGAGCGCUGAUCUGCAGAUACCUCAGGAAGGACUUCCUGCUCCUCCACGAGCAGCAGAAGCUCCUCCUCCUCUCCCAGCUGGAGGAAUGUGGGCGGGGCUCCGUGUGUCCGGUGCUCAGCAGGACGGUUCCUUACGGAGUGGCCUAUCAUCACAGCGGUCUGACGGGGGAGGAGAGGAGGCUGCUGGAGGAGGCGUACACCUGCGGGACGCUCUGCCUCCUCACCUGCACCUCCACGCUCGCUGCAGGGGUCAACCUGCCCGCUCGCAGGGUGAUCCUGCGCUCCCCCUACGUGGCAGCAGACUUCCUGAAGAGGAGUCAGUACAAACAGAUGGUGGGCCGGGCGGGGCGGGCGGGCAUCGACAGCGAAGGAGAGAGCAUCCUCAUCCUGCAGGAGAAAGACCGGCUCACGGCUAAGACUCUGGUGAGCGCCCCGAUGGAGAAGUGCUUCAGUAACCUGCUGCUGGACGAGGGGAAAGGUCUGCGGAGCCUCAUCCUGUCGCUCAUCGGACUCAAUAUCACCUGGUGUGUGCAGCAGCUGCAGGACGUCCUGCGCUGCACGCUGCUGUCCGUGCAGGAGGAGCACCUGUGUGUUCAGCUCAGCCUGAAGGAGGCGCUGCAGCUCAGCCUCAACUUCCUGCAGGAGAACCAGCUGAUCAUCAGAGAGGAGAAGGAGACUCUGAGCGUCACCCGGCUGGGGAGGGCCACCUAUAAAGGCUCAGUGGACCUUCUCUACAGCAGCGUUCUCUACAAAGAUCUCUCUAAAGGUCUGGAGGGUCUGAUGCUCAACAGCUUCCUGCACCUGCUGUACCUGGUGACUCCAUACACCAUGAUCCACCAGGUCAAGCCUGACUGGAUGCUCUACUACACACAGUUCACUCAGCUGUCUGCAGCCGAGCAGAAGAUGUCGGCGGCGAUCGGCGUGCCGGAGAGCUUCGUGGCCAGGAGGGCUGCGGGACAGACGGUCAGGAAGAGUGCUAACACGGAGGUGGUGUCCCGGAUGUACCUGGCUCUGGUUCUCUUCUCCCUCCUGAAGGAUCUGAACCUCUGGAUCGUGUCGGAUCGUUUCCAGAUGAGUCGAGGAUUCAUCCAGAGUUUACUGAGCUCCUCCUCUGCCUUCUGCUCCUGCGUGCUGCACUUCACUGAGGAGCUGGAGGAGUUCUGGCCGCUCAGAGCUCUGCUGACGGAGCUGACCCGCAGGCUGAGUUACUGCGUGACCUCUGAACUCAUCCCCCUGAUGGAGGUGGCCGGGGUCAUGGAGGCCCGAGCGAAGCAGCUUUAUAACGCCGGCUAUAAGACGCUGACUCACCUCGCCAACGCUGACCCGGCCGUCCUCAGCAACACCUUAGAAAACCUGCACCGAAAACAGGCCAAUCAGAUCGUGGCGUCCGCUAAGAUGCUCCUGAGUGAGAAGGCGGCCGCUCUGCAGGAGGAGGUGGACGACCUGCUGACGCUGCCCAAAGAUCUGCCCUCUGCUCCUCUCAUAUCACUCUGAUUCAUCCUCUGUUUGUUAUUGUGUCAUACGUCUGGAGCACACACUGCUCAGAUGCUGUGUGAGAGGAGAACUGGAAACACUGCAAAGUAUAUUUAAAAUAAAAACGGCUGGACCUUUC